GGGAGCGCCGCCGUGUCCCCGGAGGGGCGGCGGGGCCCGGGCGGUGACACCGGCGGGGACACCGCGCUCGGGGCCGCCCGGGGCACGGACAGCGCCUCCGCCUGCGCCCCCGGACCGCCCCGGGGCUCCUUCAUGGGCGGGCGGCAGCGCGCCGCGCUGCCCCGGGCCUGGUGAGGCGCCGCCGGCGGCGGGAGCGGCGGCACCGGGGGAGAUGUACGUGCAGGAGGAGAAGAUCUUCGCGGGGAAGGUGCUGAGGGUCCAUGUGUGCACCAUGGAGGGCGCGGAGUGGCUGGAGGAGGUGCCCGAGGACACCACGGUGGAGAAGCUCAAGGAGCGGUGCCUGAAGCACUGUGUCCCUGGGAGCUUGGAGGAUCCCAAAACUGUGACACAUCACAAGCUGAUCCAUGCUACAUCUGAGAAGGUGCUGACAGACACAAAAACAGUGUUGGAGGAAAAUAUUCAAGACAGAGAUGUGUUGCUUUUGAUCAAGAAACGUGCACCACCUCCACUCCCCAAGAUGGCAGAUGUGUCUGCAGAGGAGAAGAGGAAGCAGGAGCAGAAGGCUCCUGACAAGGAUGCCAUUCUCAAAGCCACUGCCAACCUGCCCUCCCGCAGCGCCGACCGCACCGUGGCCCAUCACAGCAUGAGGGAUUUCCAGACAGAGCUCCGGAAGAUCUUGGUGUCUCUCAUAGAAGUUGCACAGAAAUUGUUAGCACUGAACCCAGAUGCAGUUGAACUAUUUAAGAAGGCAAAUGCCAUGCUGGAUGAGGAUGAGGAGGACAGAGUGGAUGAAAUAGCUCUGAGACAGCUCACAGAGAUGGGCUUCCCAGAGAGCAGAGCUGUCAAGGCCCUCCGGUUAAAUCACAUGUCGGUGACCCAGGCCAUGGAGUGGUUGAUAGAACACGCAGAUGACCCUUCAGUGGAUGCUCCCCUGCCAGGUCAGACUCCUGCAGAAGCCACAGCUGAAGCUGCUGCCUCCUCUGCUGAGGCAGCUGCGGGUCCCAGCUCGGAAGAGGGAGGGGAAGAGGCCAAGGAUGAGCUGACGGAAAUAUUCAAGAAGAUCCGGAGGAAAAGAGAGUUUCGUCCGGACCCGCGGGCUGUCAUUGCCCUGAUGGAGAUGGGAUUUGAUGAGAAGGAAGUGGUGGAUGCACUCAGAGUAAACAACAACCAGCAAAAUGCAGCUUGUGAGUGGCUGCUGGGAGACAGAAAACCUUCUCCAGAGGACUUAGAUAAGGGCAUUGACACCAACAGCCCUCUCUUCCAAGCCAUCUUAGAAAACCCAGUGGUACAGUUAGGGCUCACCAACCCUAAAACUCUACUAGCCUUUGAGGAUAUGCUUGAAAACCCCUUGAACAGCACCCAGUGGAUGAACGACCCCGAAACCGGGCCCGUGAUGUUACAGAUCUCCCGGAUCUUCCAGACGCUGAAUCGCACGUAGAGGGGGGUCCCAGUGCACCGUGCCACUUCCUCCUGCCCCUCACUCCAGGGAAGUUUGGGGAGGGGGCAGCUGGAAGGGGAAGGGAGGCGAGGGGGGAGAUCCUGAGGUGGGUCUCUCCCACGAGAGCUUUUGUAGUUACGGCCAACUGGAGUGAGUUGCCUUGUGGAUUUUAGUGUUAGUGGAAGAGGUUUGAAGACUUGUUUUUGUUUUCAGGUAUUAGGUUUAAAAUAAAGUAUAUCAGAAAAACAAAACAAACAAAAAAAAAACCACACAAAUAGGAAAAGGUUUUGUGCUAAAACACUUCAGAAUCUGAUUGUUGGAAAGAAACACGAUCCUGCUUGUUAAAAAGGCCUGUGACAGUAGUUUUCUAGCCAGCUUUGCUAGGACCUGGCUAGUGUUUACAAAAGGUCACUGACCACUGGCAUAGGAUAUUAAUCAUCUCCAUACAGUAUUAAUUUAUGGCUUGAUCAAAUUGCAAAACUGCUUUUUAAAAAAAAAAAAAAAUCGAUUUUAGGAAAUGUUUUUUUUUAAAAAGCCCCAAAUAUUGGGAGAGCAAGCACAUUUCUGUCCAAACUUGUUUAAUUUAAAACAGAAUCAUUCAGAGAUGGAAUUCUAAAUAAAUAGCAUUACUUUUUCCUAUUUAUUUGCUGCAUUAGUGUUGUUGCAGUCCCACAGGGGUUGUACUUGCAGGAGGUUCUCUGUCAGGUACCACAAAGGUGCAGCUUCUCUCUCGCCACAGAAUUCACCACACCAAGACUUGAAUUCCCACGUGGCUGCAGUUCCUGAGCUCGUAUCCCUCUUCCAUAUCCCAUUGCAAGGAGGGAUAUGUUCACAUAGUGGGGUUUUUUUAAUCCAUUUUUAUGUGCACAGUUUUGGAAAGGGACUUCUGUGGGGUUUUUAUUCUGUUUACAAAGAAGCAGCUGAUUUGCAUGGGGGGGGUUGUUGAUCUGUAAAGCAGCAGAACCACGUAGGUUUUUAUCUUGUUUAAGGCAUUUAAAGCACGCUUGAAAUUGUUAUCUUUGAGUUAGAAGUGGGGUUUCUUUAUGCUUAUUUUUACCAUGGCCAUACCAAGAAUGUCAGGCUGGGUCUUUCCUGUUUUGCCAGGAGACUGACUUGAGGUUUGAGACAGGAAUUCUGAGCUUUUAAGAGCAGAACUGUGAAUAUCCACGACUGGGAUUUUACAACUGGGCUCUGCAGGUGUCACUUUUUAACAGUCUGCUAAAAAAAUUGGGGUUUAUUUCCAACUUAAUGAAAUAUAAAUGGUAUCUGCCAUCAUCCCUGCCAUGUCCUGUGCUUCACAACCCCUUAGGAAAGGCAGGAUAGGCAAGUCCUGCCUCUCCAAACUGCAGAGCAACCAGGAGGAGACCCUGUGCUUAACCAGCCCAGAGGUGUCCUGUCAAUCCUGAGCAAAGUCACCUCUGGAAGUGUGGGAGGGUUUUUCUGUGCAGUUGGGGUUUGGUUGGUUUGUUGUUUUUUUUUUUUUUUUUAAAACAAAAACUCAACAAGAUGCAACCUGAAACCCUACAACAAGUUUUGGCCUGAGCUUGGCAUGUGUUCUGUGCUGUUCUGCAGUCGAGGCACUGAAGUUGCCAAUUUCUCAUCAUUAAUAUGAAGGGUGGGGAAAUCAAAACAGCCUGAGAUUUUAUCUUGACUUACUAUCCCAGGAUUUAUUAUUGGUUUGUUUUUUUUUUUUUGCAAUUUGUAAUUCCUUCUGAAGCUUUACAGUUGAGAUGACUGCUGAAAUAUUUACUUCUGCACUUAGAAAUUCCAAGCUUUAUAGAGAUGCUUCUUCUGUUCAAAUUGGACAGUAAAACCAUUUUUGUGGGCUCUUGCUAAGAAUAGACUGACAACGUGACAUUAAAUUAUAACCUUCUCCUGUAACUCAAGCCAGGAACCAGAUCCUGCACCCCAGUGAGCUCAGCACAGCUACUCACGAGUAGUUGUGACUGAAUGUUGUGGUGUUAUGAGAGGGCUUGAUUAUUUUUGUCCAUUUUUUGCUUAUCCCUGAAGCUUUUUUUCUUGUAAUAAUACCAGAAGACUGUUUUACUUGAAGCUCUUAAUGUUAGAGCCACACAUCCUUCUCUACCAAUCAGGAUUCUGGUUAAUAUUCCUUGUAAUGGGUGUUUUUAGAAGGGAAAGUUGGGAAAAACUACCCUGUAGUUUGGUGGGGGGUGUAUUUGGCUUUUGAGUGGACAAGGAGAGAUUCAGACUUAAGGAACUGUCUUGAGGAAUGUAAAGGCUUGGGAAAUGCUGGUUUUGAUUUCAGCAGCACAUGGUUGGACUGUGGAGUGGCUAUGGAGCUUCCAGGGAGAUAAAAGGGAUCUGAGCUGCCUCCCUUGGUCAGCCAGGACCCCUCAGUGCCACUGAACUGGUUAUAAAGUGUGGGCAAAAAGCUUCAGUAAAACAAAUUAUUCUUAUGUAAUAGAAGGUGAGAUUGCCCAGGUUCAGCAGCAGCAGUUACAGACUGUAGGGAUAAAGGAAUGCUGCACCUUUGGAAUGCUUGGAGGCUUGAGAAUCCAUGGUUAUUUCUGGGUUUGGUUGUUCCAGAGCUCCACACUUGCACAGCUGAGGUGUUGGAGAGUGUGUUCUUGUUUGGGGUGGCUUUAACAGGGCCCUGCUUGGCUUGGGGGAACUUGAGUUUGCAGUGACCAGAAGCUGAGAGAGAGCAGAAUUUAGGGGGUGUGGUGUUUGCAGCAAGGCACGGGAGUUGGUUUAAAACAACCCAAAACUACCCUUGAGGUUGAAGGAACACGUGAGGAAUUGCUCAAGACAUCUGUGGGUUGGGGGUGUGAAUUAGUCCAGGAGCUGUGUGUCCCCAUCACUCCAGGGGGUGGGAUUGCUGCUGCUUCACAGAGUUGAGUCCGUGGUGCUUGUAAAGGCUUUGAUUGGCCCAGUUUUUACAAAACCUGCAAAAACAAAGUAGAAUAUCACCAUUCCUGAGUGGGACUGUGUGAUCCCCAGGCACAAGGAAUGUGUGUGACAAGAGCUUUGCCUGGUGAUCAGUUGUCCUGUUCCCUGGUCUGUGAGAGAUCCCUAAACCCAGGGGAUAGUCUUGUUAAAUAAACCAGCUGGUUUUGUGAGGAACUCACAGUGAGGGUUUACAGGCUCAGGUCCUGUCCUUGCAUAUCUGGUGUUCAAGUUCUAACCAGCAGGGACAUGUCACAGUUAAGUUUCUCAUGACAUGGUCUAAGGAAUAUUUGGAGGCCUGUGAGCUGGAGCAGGGAGGAGAUGGGGUGGUAGGUGACUAAUUGUGUUUCUUGCAGUAUUUCCCCACUGACAGAGACAAUCUUGUACCUUUUGCUGUGACAGGACUCUUGCAAGCCAACCAGCUAUUUAUUGAACUAUAUCUAACUUAUAAUUUUGUCAUCAGAACACUGAUAUUUUUAAUAGAAAUGUACUAUAUGGAAGUUUGUUCUCAGGGCUUCGUAUUUAUACUCUUUUUAGGGGGGAUGCAUUUAAAGGGAUGUAUUUGGAAAAAAGGCCAGUGGCUACUUCAGCUUGGACCUUGAUUGUCCUGACCUGUGAGCCCGAGCUUGUGUAACUCCUGCUAAACCCUAGUCCCUGGUCCAGUCCAAAGAAUCUGCCAUUCCUUCUCUCCCUGUGAGCAGUGGCAUGAGUCUUCCUUUAGGAUUGCUGCAUCACUCCCUGGCCAUGGUCACACAGGGUAACCCAGCUGCUUCCCGGCUCGCUGGUCUUUGCUCCAUUUCAAGGACGUUUCUGUUCUCCAUGCAGCUGGAAAAUUGCCUUGCAUGGUUCCUAAAGCAGCCAGCAGUGCAUUCCUCCUCUGGAAAGGUGUGAGGUUCCCUCCUGCACAAGCUCCAAGACCUCCAGCUCGUGGCUUUUCUUGGCUCCUCUCAGCCUCUCACAGAUGUGACCCAAACCUUGACACCCCCCCCAUUUCUUUCCUCACUCUCCUGGAACCAAACUUGUCUUUUGGAGAUUGAUCUUCAUAUCCAAGCAACACUUUAGUGGUUAUUGAAAUCAUUUUUUUUUUUUAGUUAGGACUGUUAUAAUUAAUUUUUUUAGGCAUUGUGAUUCAUGGGCUGAGGAUCUUUUAAUAUAUUUUGGAAGUUGUUGAAAUCAGCAUCGCACCAAACGAAUGUACAGUGACACUGUCAGCAAAUCUUGCCUGUAGAAGGGACACAGAGGUUACCUGUGAUCUCUGCUCCAGGGGCAAUUUUCCCAAAGUCUUGUGCACAGGAUAAUGAGUGUUUCAUCCAAAGUAACCGCCCUGUUUUUCUACUUUUAAUAAUAAAUAACAUUUUUAUUAACUCGCAGAAUAGCGGCGCUUCCAGCUGGUAUUUCCAUCCGACCGUAAGUCCCUGAGCUUUGAGGUUUGGGAUGCUCCUGUAUCCUCCUCUCUGGGACAGUUACUCCUCGGAGAGAUUUGUGCUGGCUGGUGUAGGGCAGUGGGUGCAACCCCCACCUCCCUGCAGAGGAAAUUAUGUCCACGUGAAUGUGCUCUCAUGGUGGUUGUUCUCACCUCCAUCCCGACAUCUGGGUGUAGCAAAAGGGGUUUUUUUUCAGGACCUCUUGCCCUAGAUUUGAAGAUCUUCAAUGCAGAUCCUGUUUGCAGCAUGUGAACUUCAAUAAAUGUAAAUGCAUUAAAUU